AUGCGAGUAACAGCCACGGCCUGCUCCACUUCCGCGCCUACACCCACAUCCACCUCCUCCACCGAACCGCCCUACGUUCCGAAAUCCCCUUCUGAAAUCCUUCGAAUAGACAACACCUGCCCUAGCUCCAUCAUCUCCUCUUCCGCCUCUGGUAGCUCCACCACCGACAAGUACAAUUGCCAGGAUGACACCGAUUUCGGAAACAACGACAUCAUGUGGUUCACAGCUUACACGCUGCAGGCCUGCAUCGAUGCGUGCAGCUCGUACAAUGUGGGCAACAAGACGGAUACACCAUGUAGGGGUGUGGCACUGGCGGAGGACUUGAGCCAUCAAUAUAAUGUCAAUGGUGGGGCGAAUUGUUGGUUAAAGCUAGGCGUGGAGAAGGAUGGAUUUGCGAAGAGUCCUACUGUUACACUGGCAUGGUUGGUGGAAGAGUGA